AUGUAUAUUUCCCUCGACAAACGCGACUUCUCAAGCAGCAACGGUGGGAUCACUCUCAGCACCACCGGCAUCAUCAGCAUCUGCAUCAUCGUCGUCCUCGUCAUCACAGCGAUAGGUUCUCUCUGUCUAGCUGAUGCACGGACGAGAGGACAGCGCAAACUGAACCUCCAGCAACGAAGACAGGGUCCUCGUCGUUCCGCUCAACCUUCGGACAGGAAUUCUCACAGCCUCGCCAACAGCCCAGUCAAAUCUCCUCCUCGGGCACAUGUGCUCGACAAGGGCUACGCGCCUUGGAAUUCGGAGCCACCUCCAGCUUAUCAAGCAUGA